UGUGUGUGUGUGUGUGUGUGUGUGUGUGUUUGUGUGUGUGUGUGUGUGUUUGUGUGUUGGAAGAUAAAAACAGAAAGUGUCUGCUCUCCAUGUUGUUGGAUUACUGCUGCCGGUGCUGUUGGACACCUCAGAUUAAACACCGCAAGCUGUCAAUCAACACCAAGCUCAACGACACAUGGGUCGUUCUUCAGAACCUGUUAAUGUGUACUGUGAGUUUCUACUCACUUUACUACAUCACCCUCAGUUUGUGUAUCGGCAUCCUGAAGGUAGAUGAUGUGGACAGCUUAUUAGCACCUUUCAACUACAAAAUACAGCCUUCAUGGAAUAACCCGGUAUAUUUAGUGAGUGUGAUCUCGACGGAGGUGACGUACGUGAUGGGAGGACUGGUGUUCGCCUGGAUCGUGGAGUUGCGGGUGUGGGACUACGCCAUCACUGUCUCACUGCUACACGUAGGCGUCACGGUCACUGUCAUGGCCGAUUUCCCCUCCACAGAACACUGGUGGAUCUCUCAGGGUUCAGGAUUAGUGAUGAUGAUCUUCGAUGGUCAGAUUCUGGCAUAUCAUCUGUAUUGGAAGAAUUUUGUGCAUCCUGCAGACCUCCAAAACUUCUGAGUGAAAUCUCUUAACAGUUUGAAUUGUGUUGUUUCCCCUCUCUCUCUUUCUCUCUCCUGCUCUCUCUAUUUCUCUCUCUAUUUCUCUCUCUCUCCUCAUAUUUGUGUCAGGAGAUUAUAAAUGUAACUAUACCAUCGAAUGAAGACAAAAUUUAAAGAAAGUCUUACAGAAGCUUCUUUAUUUGGAGUUCAUCAGAAUCAUAUCAUUGGUGCAGAUGUAUGAAUGAUCUUUGUACAUAAGAGUGAAUGUGAUUGGUUUAUUCUGAACAC